AUUAUAUUAUAUAUUAAAAAAAAAAAAAAAAAGAAAAGAAAACGAGAUGAAGAGUCUAACGAUCUUUACCACCAUUUUUCUCAUUUCUUUUGUGACGAUGCGAGUCAUUGGAUCAGCUAUACCUAUGUGGGAAUUUCUUUCGAGAGAGGAAAAAAUGAGUCGUUUGUAUAAAUUGUUUAGUCAGCAAGCGACGCAAUUUUGUGCCGAUUCAUCGAGACCGGAUUGCAGUAAGAAUUUCUUAAUUAUUGGCAUACGAAAUCUUGCUAAUAUGGAUGACAAUGUUCUCGAUAAAUUGGAUCCAUAUCAACGUGAUGCUAGAGAAAUAAUUUGGCGAACUUUAAUAGGAACAAAUAAAAUCUCGUCUAGGACUAAUCAAGAUAUCAAAGGAAAUUAUUUCCCAACAAAUGGACUUUCGAUAGGAAACGAUGAUAGCGAGACGAAUAGUAUAACGGAAGAAAGCGUGUCAACGAAUGAUUACAUUCAUGUUGGUCCAUAUUUGAUUGGACCAAUGGUUACACGUGUUUAUCCGGAUGGACGUCCAGUUCCAGAUGAUCGUAUGAGAUUUCGACCAAGAGACGAUGAUAUCGACGAAAUUAAAUACACUAUGCCGUUGUUAACAUCCAUAGAUGAUAUCAAGGGAAAUCUUGAUAGAUCUUCUUACAGAAAUAAACGUCUUAAUAAUGGUCGAAAAGAUAUACCAUUGGUAAGUGAAUUGGGCCGAAGGAAAGAAUCACCUAACGAAGGACGUCGCGAAGGUUCGCCAAGAUAUAUAACACUUAGGCGAAUAUCAAUAGAAGAUCAUGACGUAGAUUAUCAUUGAACGAGUACCUGAGUUUUUUUUUCAAAGUACUCAGUAAAAAACAAAUAUAACUCGCAUUUCUUUUUCUAUAUGCGAGGAGAAAUCACUUCGUUCGCGUUAAAGAGAGAGAAAGGAAGAGAGAGAGAG